UGAAUUGUUUUUGUGAGACUAUCGCAGACCGACGUUGCGAUCGCAGCAACCCAUACUUUGGACAAUUUCGCUUGCAAGACAAAACCGCUUGUUGCUAUACACAUAAAACACACAACCAGGAACGCUACUACGAGACGCCAUGGCCACGAUUGAUAUCGUUCUCGGCGCCCAGUGGGGUGACGAGGGCAAGGGAAAGCUGGUUGAUGUCCUCGGACAAGACGCGCAGAUUUGCGCCAGAGCUCAGGGCGGACACAAUGCCGGUCACACCGUCAUCGCCAAUGGUGUCAGCUACGACUUCCACCUUCUCCCCUCCGGUCUCCUGCACCAGAAGUGCAUAAGCCUCAUCGGAUCCGGCGCCGUCGUCCACGUGCCGACCUUCUUCAAGGAGAUGGCCGACCUCGAAGCCAAGGGCCUCAAGAACAUCCGCGAGCGUCUCCUCGUGUCGGACCGCUGCCACAUCAUCACCGACUGCCAUAUCCAGGUCGACGGGUUGGAGGAGCAGGAGCUGGGCGGUAACAGCAUCGGCACCACCAAGCGCGGUAUCGGCCCAACCUACAGCACCAUGGCCGCCCGCAACGGCAUCACCAUCAGCGAGAUGUUCGACGAGGAGGUCUUUGCGCGCAAGCUUCGCCAGCUCGCCCAGGGUUUCAAGAAGCGCUUCGGUGACCUUCUCGUCUACGAUGUCGAGGAUGAGAUCACCCGCUUCAAGCAGUACAGAGAGGACCUUCGCACUUUUGUUGUCGACGCCGUCCCCAUCAUCGCCGAUGCCCAGAAGAACGGCAACAAGAUCCUCGUCGAGGGCGCCCAGGCUGUCAUGCUCGACCUGAACUUCGGAACGUACCCUUACGUUACAUCGUCGAACACUGGCCUCGGCGGUGUUUUCACUGGUCUUGGCCUCAACCCCAAGAAGAUCAACAACAUCGUCGGUGUCGUCAAGAGCUACACGACCCGCGUCGGCGGCGGUGGCUUCCCCACCGAGCUGCUCAACGAGACGGGCGAGAAGCUCCAGAAGAUCGGUCACGAGAUCGGCGUGUCAACGGGCCGCUCCCGCCGGUGCGGCUGGCUCGACCUCGUCGUGAUCAAGUACUCGACGGACCUGAACCACUACACGGCGCUGAACCUUACCAAGCUUGACAUCCUCGACACGUUCCCGACCAUCAAGGUGGCGGUCGCGUACAAGAACAAGCGCACGGGCGAGCAGUUCGCGUCCUUCCCCGCGGACCUCAAGGCGCUCGAGGAGGCCGAGGUCGUCUACGAGGAGUUCGAGGGCUGGAACACGCCCACGACGGGCGCCAAGACGUUCUACGACCUGCCCAAGCAGGCCCGCGCCUACGUCGAGUUCAUCGAGAAGUUUGUCGGCGUCAAGGUUGUCUGGAUCGGCACUGGCCCCAAGAGAGAGGACCUUAUCUUCCGCAGAUACUAGCCGGCUGUUUGCCGUCAUUAAAAGGGUUGUAAAGGAGGGAUAACGACCGAACGUCGCAGUAAAAACGACGGCGGUGACGCUUGGUGCUAUUGUUGAUAGAAUUUCGAUGUAAACCA